AUGAUAGAUAACCUUUUUAAUUCUCUUAAAGACCUUUCAAGGCAGGGACAUUUAUUAGAAGCAUUUGAAACCUUUUCUCUGAUCAAGCUCCAUUCCUCUUCAACUAAUUAUGAUGCUAUCUUACAUUCGGUUUCUUCUCUACUUUCCUCCUGUGCCAACUUUAAAUCACUCCCACAGGGUAAACAACUACAUGCCCAAAUUAUCUCUUUGGGACUUGAAAAUCAUCUCACUGUGGUUUCCAAGCUUGUCACAUUUUAUUCAAGCUUCAGUCUCCUCGGUGAUGCCCAUGUUGUCACUGUUAAUUCAAAUAUUUUGAACCCUUUGCCUUGGAACUUGCUUAUCUCCUCUUACAUCAACAACGGGUUACAUGGAGAGGCUCUUUCUGCAUAUAAGGAAAUGGUACAUAGAGGGAUUAGACCUGAUAACUUCACUUAUCCAUCCGUCCUUAAGGCUUGUGGUGAAAAAUUAGAUGUGGCCUUUGGGAGGGAGGUACAUAAGUCUAUUACUGCUGCCAGCAGGCACAUUUGGAACUUGUACGUGCAUAAUUCUUUGGUUUCCAUGUAUGGAAAAUUAGGAGAAUUGGAUACUGCUCGUUGCUUAUUUGAUCAAAUGCCAGAAAGGGAUGCUGUUUCUUGGAACGGAAUAAUCAGUUGUUAUGCCUCCAAGGGCAUGUGGAAGGAAGCAUUUGUACUGUUUGAAGAAAUGAGAGUAGCAGGUGCAGAAGUGAAUAUUAUUACUUGGAACACCAUAGCUGGAGGGUGUGUGCGGACAGGAAAUUUUAAAAGGGCACUUGCGUUGCUUUCUCAGAUGAGAAGUUGUGGCAUUUCUUUGGAUCCAGUGGCAAUGAUUAUUGGGUUGGGUGCAUGUUCGCACGUUGGGGCCAUUAGGCUAGGAACAGAGGUUCAUGCUUCUGCAAUUCGUAGUUGUUUUGAUGGAUUUGAUAAUGUAAGAAAUGCACUUAUAACUAUGUAUUCGCGGUGUAAAGACCUCAGGCAUGCUGACAUUUUAUUUCAAUCAACGGAAGCUAAGAGUAUAAUUACUUGGAACUCCAUGCUUUCUGGUUAUACUCAUGUGGAACGAUCUGAGGAAGCCUCCUUCCUGUUCAAGGAGAUGCUAUUUUCUGGGAUUGAACCAAAUUAUGUGACUAUUGCAAGCAUUCUUCCCCUUUGUGCCCGAGUUGCAAAUCUACAACAUGGGAAGGAGUUCCAUUGUUACAUUAUGAGACGAGAAGGGUUUGAGGACUAUUUAUUGAUUUGGAAUUCCCUUGUUGAGAUGUAUGCAAGAUCUGGAAAGGUUUUAGCAGCGAAAAGAGUGUUUGAUUCACUGAGAAGGAGGGAUGAAGUUACUUAUACUUCCUUGAUUUCUGGGUAUGGUAUACAGGGAGAGGGGAAGACUGCACUAAUAUUGUUUGAUGAAAUGAUCAAACAUCAGAUUAAACCAGACCAGGUUACCAUGGUGGCAGUUCUAUCAGCUUGUAGCCAUUCUGGUCUAGUAGCUGAAGGAAACUUCUUGUUUAAAAAGAUGAUUACUGUCUAUGGUAUAGUUCCUGGUGUGGAGCACUUUUCUUGCAUGGUUGAUCUCUUUGGGAGAGCUGGACUGUUACGUAAAGCAAAGGAAGUAAUUAUGAGUAUGCCUUGCAGGCCAACCACUGCUAUGUGGGCCACUCUUAUAGGAGCCUGCCGGAUCCAUGGAAAUACAGAGAUAGGAGAAUGGGCAGCUGAGAAAUUGUUGGAAAUGAAGCCAGAAAAUCCAGGUUACUAUGUUUUGAUUGCUAAUAUGUAUGCUGCUGCUGGUCGCUGGAGCAAGCUGGCAGAAGUGAGGACUUCUAUGAGGGAUUUAGGUGUGAAGAAAGCCCCUGGAUGUGCCUGGGUUGAUGUUGGCUCUGGAUUUUCCCCCUUUGUGGUUGGUGACACAUCCAAACUCAACUCAAACGAGCUUUACGUACUGUUGGAGGGAUUGAGUGACCUAAUGAAAGAUGCUGGUUAUGUUGCAGGAGAAAAUUUAAGUUCUGAAGAAGUAUCAGAGGAAAUAGAAUGCUGCAAUAUGUGA